UCUCCCAAAGCAAAGAAUAAAAGAGAAAAGUGCAAAAUAUCUCCAGCCGAAGACUCAACUUUCCAUUCCAUCCUCCUCUUCUUCUUCAUUACAAUCUUCCAACCAACAAAAAAAAUAGAAAGAUGCACGCUUCUGCAACUCUUCUUCCUCUUCACAUCCUUCCCUCUUCGUUAACCCCGAGCACCGAUCCGAAACCGGUUGCGUUAGGCAUCACCAAAAUCGGAGAUUCGUUCAUUCGACAGCAGAGGAUCGAUUCAAAAGGUAACAAUAAGGUACUGCCGGCGUGCAGAGCUUCGAGACACGACGAGUUUUCCGCGACGGAAUUCAAUCUGUACGAGCUCCUCGGCAUCGACUCAUGUUCCGACACAAGGCAGAUAAAGGAGGCUUACAGAGCGCUGCAGAAGCGCUGCCAUCCGGACAUAGCCGGCCCGCCCGGGCACGACAUGGCCAUCGUGCUUAAUGAGGCCUAUGCCCUUCUCUCCGACCCCAACGCCCGCAUGGCUUACGACAGGGAGCUUGCAAAAGUGGGAGAUCUACUAGGAUACACAGGGAGGCCUAUAUAUUCGAGAUGGUGUGGUUCGGAAAGUGAGGAAAAGGCGAUUUUUGUUGAUGAAGUGAAGUGCGUUGGGUGCUUGAAAUGUGCUUUAUUUGCUGGGAAAACAUUUGCUGUUGAAUCCGUGUACGGAAGAGCUAGAGUGGUGGCUCAAUGGGCUGAUCCUCAACACAAAAUCAACCAGGCUAUUGCUGCUUGCCCGGUCGAUUGCAUCUCAUACGUGGAGAGAUCCGAGUUGGCUGCCCUAGAAUUCGUAAUGUCUAAGCAGCCCCGUGGCAAUGUUAGAAUUGGCGCAAGCAACACCGGUGGUGUACGGACAGCAGAUGUUUUCGACGAGGUUGAGAAAUUCCAAGCUAGGUAUAAAGCGUCUAAACGCCACUCCAAUUCCAAGGACACUGAGUCUGAAAGCUCUUCAAGGAGGAUCUCAGCCAUUCAAAUGAUAUCAAACUGGCUCUACUGGCAACCCCCGACAGCCGAUGCGGCCCCACUAGUCGUCAUCCAGAACUCGAAACUCGGCUCGUCUCCCACUCUGGAGAAGCUUAAAGCUGCUGCAAGAGUCAGAGCAACAACUAAGAACAAGAAAGAAACAGCAUCAUCACCCAACAAUACCGAUGAUUACUGGGUGCCCGGGACCCUCGCGCUGCCCACUCCCGGCUCAUCCGAUCCUGGUCCGACUAGGAAGAAGAAGCGGCCAAGUGAUGGUCAACCCUUGAAGAAUCCGAAGAAGGAUUCGAGCAUCCCUUUCGGUUGGGUUUUGCCUGCAGGUGCAUCGGCUGCAGCUGCUGCAGUUGUGGCCGACCGGUUGAGACUUGGAGGACCGGAGACCGGUCUGCAAGAUCACAUUGCCGGUUCGUUGGCGCUGGCCAUCGUUAAUAGUCCGUGGAUGCAAGUUGGCUUAGCGGCUGUUACAUGGUACCUUAUUGGUGUGUACAUUUUAGAAAUAUUAGUAGCCCUUCGCCCUAAAUAAACAUUAGUAUAUCAUAUUUAUCUAAGUAUUUUACAACCUUUUCAAAAAUACAACUCGAACCAUUUCAUCAUGACAUAUAAGUCAUAUACUUGCAAAAGUGUAUUUUCUUUCUAA